CAAAGCGAUGAUUUAUAAAUCGUGUAUGUACUUGUACAUACAUGAUUUUUCCUUGAAGAACAAAUACACAUUAUCAGUAGCGUUUGCAAUUUAAUUUUCGAUAAUAUAAGAAAGAGGCUGGGCUCAUUUCUCUAGAUGAAUGCGUCUUCUCUUGUUCGCAGAAAUUACGAUACGGGUGGCAGUUACCAUGGAAACUCUUUAGUCAUAUUAAAUUCCAACACAAAGUCACGUGGUUGUUUCUACAGCGAUAUGUAACCAAGGAUAAUCCUAGCUUAAAUGCAGGUGUAGAUUAGUUGUCGGGAGAUUCUGAGGGCUUAGUUUGUUUGCCUUUGUAACGUCUUAGUUCGUUCCCAUUUCCUCAAUUUUCUGACUCGUGAAUUAAUUAUACACUUUUCUUAUUUUUGUGUAGUUUUAACCCGAGUGGUUUACAAGGAUAUAACACAAAUUUUAUAAUUUUUAAGCACGUUCGAAGACUCAUAAGAAUAUCUCCGUCCAUGUGUCUUUACCCAUGUAGCAUUUGUCGAUACAUUACGACUUACGUUAAGCUCUUAAAUUAACAACAACGGGCACUUACGUGAAGAUCUGCAAACGAGGAAGUGUCUGUGUGUGGAAUCCCCAAGCCACUUCUGUUACUCUCGUUUCUGUGGUUAUUAUGUUUGUUUAUAACAAAAGACAGGAGAUACUGAGCAUCGCGAAACAACAAACUCUUAGAUGGAUGGCUGUCGGAUGGACGGGCGGACAGACAGACAAUUGACGAUGACGGCCAUCUGCUUCGUGUGCAAUUUGCCCAUCCUGAGUCACCAGGUGGGGCUCGUGUGGCAGGGCGGAAACGGCUGGGACGAUCUCGUCCGAGAGCAGGUGGAGGAAUCGACGCUGCGACAACGGUUAGGGGCCGGGCGUCGCGACUCUGCUGCCCAGAUCACCAGUAUAAGCCCGCCCACAGAGACGCAGGAGACGUCGCCUCCCAGCUCAGGAACUGUCACCAGGCGUCGCAGAAGCUCCCUGGCGCAGCUGACAGACAUCUUGCGGGAAUGGAGUGGGAGCACGAAAUGUUCCCGAAGCAAGGACCCUCAGCUGCACCGUCGAGAGACGCUGGCCGACAUCGCCAAGAGCUUGCCAUGGAGCCGCAGCUCCACGACCGACUCCACCACAGUGGCAAAUCUCAGAAAGCGUCGAGAAUCUUCGGCGGAUCAGGGGAUAAAACAUCCCAAGUCACGCCGCGAUUCUACAGCCAUCAGCGACUUCAGGUCUGACCUGGCGCGUCUGUGGUCGUCCCGACGCGAGUCGGCCACAGUCAUAACGGCGCGAGACCCUUCACAACAGCGUCGAGGCUCUGGGGAAUCCGCCCGGAGCGGCCGCAGGGACUCCACCACGCUGAUUAGCUCUCGGAGGGGCUCCGGUGAGUCGUCUCGCUCCGGAAGGAGGGACUCUAUCAAUACAUCUGCCGUGACGCCUUCGCCACCCAAGUUACACCAUCACCACCAUCACCACCAUCAUCAUCACAGAAGAAGGGAUUCGCGCACGGGAGAACCCAAGUACUACAGACAGGAGCAGAGACCUUCGACCUCCAGCACUGCAUCUGACAGCGGGCCCGGUGUCAGCCUGCUGAUUACGCAGCCCUCCACAGCAGGUUUCGCCGGGUUGUCAGCGUCGGCCGAGCCUCAACACGCGUUGCCGCCACCCACCAUCAUCACCUCCUCCACAACGCCGCCCGCCACGUCUCCUAGCAACGCUGCACAACCCGUCCUUGUGCCCACUACGACCGCGACGUUGUCUUCCUCGCCCCCUGGCACGACGGCUUCAGCAGCCUCGGCCACCACCACUGCCAGCACACCAGUGACGAGUGCUCACCCGCUGCUGGCAACAAGGCGGGACUCCACCACGCAGGUUUAUUAUAAAGGUCGCCGCGAUUCUCGAAGCCAUGCUUCCCCGGAGCGCCGUUCCAGCACUAAGGAGCCUUCACCCACCAAGUUUCCGCGUCUGCCCCGCCAAUCCACGGCGAUAGAUGAAAGCGGACCCGGACCGUGGGGUCGUCGAGGCUCGUCGGUGGCCGCAGCUGUUGCCGCAGACGACAGCUCGGGGCGCAAGGCACGACGGGAUUCCCUGUCGCCCGACUCGGCAAGCUACACGCGCGGCCGAAGCCGGGGCAUGCCGCCUCGUUCGCCAGAGUCCUCGUCCACCUGUUCCUCGCGCGACCCUUCGCCCUGCAACAGGGCUUCGCCCGCACCCACCAGCCACGCCCCGAUCAUCCGUCGUCAGUCAACCACCGAGGAGAUUCUGAUUGCACGAGGCUUUCGUCGCCAGUCCACCACGGAGGAGAUGAUCCGGUGUAGGAAUUUCCGACGACAGUCGUCGCAGAGCGAGGACCUGUCUCGCUCGCGAGGCAGAAGGGAUUCCUCCGCGCAGAUUAUUGACGGCACGUUCGCCACCAUGACCGUGGAGACUACCAGCACGUUUUUCGACACCAGCACGCAAACAGAACCGUCCCCGCUGUACGAUAACAACCACUACCACGAGGAAUGUCUGCGUUGCAACUCCUGCGGCCUGAACCUGACGGGCCCGAACCAGAAGAGGGCGCGUCGCUUCAAGAACCAGAUCCUGUGUGACCUCCACUUCGCGGACGUGGCGCUCAUGGAAUGCUCCGAUUUUAUGCAACAACUCCGCAGUUUCAAGCCGCAGAGUCUGGGCUGUGCCGUCGCCCGGAGGAAAAGCUCGACGACACUUAUUUUCCCAUUGCCGCCACAAGCCUGCUCCGACGAGUUCUGUGAGGAGUUCCCGCACAAUCUGAUUCCUACCCCGGGCUACUGGAUCGAGUGCUCGCGUCAGAAGAUCGCUUCAGACACCAUCUGGGACGAGUCGGAGUCUGACCACGAGAUACACGAGGAGGAAGAAGAAGAAGAUGAAGAGGGAGGUGGGAAUCGAACCCGGGACCGUGAGGAUGAUGGUGGUGGUGUGGGGGCGGACGAUGGGGCGGGAGAGGGACCGUCGGGGACGGGGCGCGGGGACGAGUGUCUCUUGGAGGACGACGAAGACGACGAGGAACAGCCGAAAAAGAAGACGGCGAUCGAAGAGCAGUGGGAGAAGAAUCAGGCAUUCGAACUCACAUCCGUGGAGCAGGAAACUUACGAGAAGUAUUUCUACGGCACUGAGCACUGGAAUUACUUCACCAACGACGAGGAUCUCGGUCCGGUGAUACUGAGCAUCAAGCAGGAGACGCUGAAUUGCAGGGACCAGUUUCGACAUUUGCACUGAAAUCCAGGAACACCACGUGCAGUUAAUCAGGUGUAUAGACGGCGCUGUCAGUGGCAAGAUGCACGUUGUUUCAGUAAGACAAUG